AUGCCUCAGACAGUCUGGCUCGUCACCGGCACCACUUCUGGUAUAGGCGCCGCCUUGGUCGACUGCAUCAUCUCUCGCGGCGACAAAAUUAUUGCCUCUGGAAGAAACGUCGACCAAAAGCUCGGACACCUCAAAUCUGACAAUGUGGCCUUGCUAGAGCUUGACGUCGGAGCUGGAAAGGCCGUUGUGGAGGCGCAGGUGAAGAAGGCGUGGGAGAUUUUCGGCCACAUUGAUGUUUUGAUCAAUAAUGCUGGUAUAUCCGGGUUCAAAACUGCUGAAGAUGCCGACGACAACUUUGUCAACCACCUCUUCCAGGUCAACGUCUUUGGCCAGCUACACGCAUCUCAGGCCAUCCUACCACUCUUCCGCGCUCAAGGCCACGGUACCAUCUCAUUCACUUCUUCAGGCUGUGCUUGGGCGGGCCUCCCGUUCCUGGGCCACUAUUGCAUGACAAAAGCUGCCCUGAGCUCAUUCGCUGAGAGUUUGCACAGAGAAGUCUCUCAUCUGGGCAUCAACUGCGUUGCUUUUGACAUUGGAGGCUUUCCUACUCGUCUGGCGCAGCCCCACGAGCAAGACAAUGAUGCCGCCUCUAAAAAAGUAGACUCUGGUUCUGCUCUUGCAAGAGCUGUAUCUGAGCCGUAUGCAGACAUCUUUGGACAGUACAUGGGACUCUUCGUUCCGGACCAUUCGUGGGUCACCCCUGGAGACCCUAACAAAGCAGCAUCUACAAUGGUGGACGUUAUUCAGCGGCGAGGCGUAGCAGAGGGCCGUUCUUGGGCCACGCGCGUUGUUUUGGGGUCAGAUUGCUUGACUUAUGCAACGAAGAGACGAGGGGAAGAACUCCAGCUUCUGGAGAAAUGGAAAGAUGUCAGCGUCAGUACUGAUGCGCACGAGUUUGUCCUCAAGCCAGAGUACGAAAAGUAUAUCGUUGUUACUGGAGUAGAAGAGUAA